AUGGACAAUGCUGAAGAGACAACUUCGGAUUUGAAGAGAGCCGGUGAUGACGAAGCACCAGAGAACGGCAUAGUUUUUGAGAAGAGAUUGAGGCUUCAAUCUCAGGACCAUGGUGUUGGCAGCGAACCUGUAUCAACUAUCGAGAUAAUUCCCACGGACUCAUUUCGAAAGUACAAUGAGCAGGGAUACAAAGCGAAGAAUAAUGAGGUACAUGGCAAGGAGCUGGCUUCCACUUUUGAAGAAGAGCUGUCUCAGAUGGAACAUGAACUCGCAGAAAGCGAGGAGACUGAAGCAAGCUAUAAACGUAAGCCCUUACCAGCGAACUUCGAUCCUGCCACGUACGAUAUGUCGUUCCAGCAGUUGGACGCAGAACAAAGUACGUUGCACGGCUUUAGUGAUGACGGCACAUCGACAGUGGUGAGAUUCUUUGGAGUGACCGAAGAGGGUUAUUCGAUACUCUGCAAUGUGACUGGAUUUCAGCAUUAUUUAUACUUGCCUGUUCCAAACUUGCCAGGGACUUCUGACCAAAAUGAGAUAGACGGGUUUUUGAGAUAUUUGAACGAAAACUUCGAUAAUAAAGUCAGUAGAAUCGAGCAGGUUGCUAGGCAAUCAAUAUGGGGUUACUCAGGUGAUAAUAAACUUCCGUUUUGGAAAAUUUAUGUCACUUACCCAAACGCGUUGAAUAAAAUAAGAACAGCGUUCGAAAGAGGCCAUUUAACAUACAAAUCGUGGUUUUCUUCAGGAAUAACCACCUAUGACAAUAUUGCAUAUACAUUACGACUGAUGAUAGACUGUGGGAUUGUGGGUAUGUCAUGGAUUACAUUGCCAAAAAAAAAGUAUAAAAUGAUUGCAGAUAAUGAGAGAGUGUCGACAUGUCAAUUAGAAGUGAGAGUAAAUUAUAGGGAUUUGGUGUCUCAUGAGCCAGAGGGUGAAUGGUCACAUUCGAGUCCUUUGAGAAUACUUUCGUUUGAUAUCGAGUGUGCCGGUAGAAUAGGUGUCUUCCCGGAACCUCAACACGAUCCUGUCAUCCAAAUUGCCAACGUAAUGAGUAUAGCAGGUGCACGAAAACCAUUUAUUAGAAAUGUCUUUACAGUCGACUCCUGUGCUCCUAUAACAGGUUCACAAGUCUUUUCGCACAAGACUGAAGUUGAAAUGUUAAAAAAUUGGCGUGAUUUCGUUGUUGCUGCUGAUCCAGAUGUUAUUAUUGGCUAUAAUACUUCCAACUUUGAUUUUCCGUAUUUAUUAGAUCGCGCAAAGGCUCUUAAAGUUGACAUAUUUCCCUAUUUUGGUAGGUUAACUAACGUUAAGCAGGAAGUUAAGGACUCGGUUUUUUCCUCCAAAGCUUAUGGUACCAGAGAAUCUAAAACCGUCAAUAUUGACGGUCGAUUGCAGUUGGAUCUCUUGCAAUUUGUUCAACGUGAAUAUAAGCUAAGAUCAUAUACAUUGAAUGCUGUUUCUGCACAUUUUCUAGGUGAGCAGAAGGAAGAUGUACACUAUAGUAUUAUUACUUCAUUGCAAAAUGGGGAUAGUGAGACAAGAAGAAGAUUAGCAGUUUACUGUUUGAAAGAUGCAUAUCUUCCAUUAAGAUUAUUAGAAAAGCUAAUGGCUUUAGUGAACUACACAGAAAUGGCUCGUGUGACGGGGGUUCCAUUCUCUUAUCUACUAAGCAGAGGUCAGCAGAUAAAAGUCGUUUCACAACUUUUCAGAAAAUGUUUGCAAAUCGAUACUGUAAUUCCCAAUAUGCAAUCUCAAGGAUCGGAUGAGCAAUAUGAAGGUGCCACUGUUAUAGAACCAAUAAGGGGAUAUUAUGACAUUCCAAUUGCCACACUCGAUUUCAAUUCUCUGUAUCCAAGUAUUAUGAUGGCACAUAACUUAUGUUAUACAACUCUCUGUGAUAAAAAAACAGUUGAAAGACUCGGAUUGAAGAUAGAGGAAGACUACGUCGUAUCUCCCAAUGGCGACUAUUUUGUGACCUCUAAAAUACGACGUGGUAUUCUACCAAUAAUUCUUGAAGAAUUGAUAGGGGCUAGACAGAGAGCGAAGAAGGAUUUAAAGAAUGAAACGGAACCCUUUAAGAGAGAUGUUCUCAAUGGUAGGCAGUUAGCGCUUAAGAUAUCGGCCAACUCUGUAUAUGGAUUUACUGGUGCAACGGUGGGCAAGUUGCCAUGUCUGGCUAUAUCUUCAUCAGUCACAUCGUUCGGCCGUAACAUGAUCAUGUUAACCAAACAGUCUGUAGAAGAGAAAUAUUCAAUAAAAAAUGGUUUUGAACAUGACGCUGUGGUUGUUUAUGGUGACACUGAUUCAGUAAUGGUUAAAUUUGGAACAAAUGAUCUUAAAGAAUCUAUGAGACUAGGUGCUGAAGCAGCGUCAUACGUUUCAACGCUGUUCAAGCAUCCGAUAAAUCUAGAAUUCGAGAAAGCCUACUACCCGUAUUUGCUUAUUAACAAAAAAAGGUACGCUGGUCUAUAUUGGACGAAUCCUGAUAAGUAUGACAAAUUAGACCAAAAGGGUUUAGCUUCUGUCCGGAGGGAUUCGUGUCCACUAGUUUCCAUUGUGAUGAAUAAAGUCUUAAAACUUAUACUUAUUGAUAGGAACGUCGAGCGUGCUCUCGCGUUCAUUGCAGAAACAAUAAACCAGAUCUUGCAUAAUGAGGCUGAUAUAUCAAAGUUGAUCAUAUCCAAGACGUUAGCGCCGAACUAUACAAAUCCUCAGCCCCACGCAAUUCUGACGGAGCGUAUGAAAAAACGAGACGGGUUUGGACCAAAUGUUGGUGAUAGGGUUGAUUAUGUUAUAAUUGGUGGAAAUGACAAGCUUUACAACAGGGCAGAGGACCCUUUAUAUGUACUGGAACAUAAUAUCCAAAUCGAUUCCAGGUACUAUCUGACAAAUCAGUUGCAAAAUCCCAUAAUUAGUAUUAUCACACCGAUUCUUGGCGAGAAGCGGGCGAAUGCUAUGUUUGUUGUGAAAUCAAUCAAAAUCAGUACGGGAAAUAUGAAAGGUGGUUUAAUGGGGUUCAUAAAAAAAGUUGACUCUUGUAAAAAUUGUAAAAGUCCGCUGAAAAAAGGAGAAGGCCCUCUCUGCUUGAAUUGCAUACAAAAAUCGGGGGAACUUUACAUCAAAUCAUUGUACAAUGUUCGAGAAUUGGAAGAGAAGUUCGCCCGCCUAUGGACACAGUGUCAGCGAUGCGCUGGCACUUUACACAAUGAAGUACUAUGUUCCAACAAAAAUUGUGACAUUUUUUACAUGAGGGUUAAGGCGAAGAAGGAAUUGCAAGAAAACGUUGAACAAUUAAGCAAAUGGUAG